AUGAGCUGGGCAGUGGGCGACUGGAAAGAAGGCCUGCCCACCAGAGCUCUUCAGAAAAUUCAAGAGCUGGAAGGACAGCUGGACAAGCUGAAAAAAGAAAAGCAGCAAAGGCAGUUUCAACGGGAAACUCUGGAGGCUGUGCUGCAAAAGCAAACACAAAAGGCUGAGAAAGAAGAAAUGGAGGCCACAACCUCUGAGAGGGAGAAUCAAAGUUUGAUGGGAAUAUGUGAAAACCUGGAGAAGGCUAAGCAGAAGAUUUCUCACGAACUCCAUGUCAGGGAGUCACAAGUGAAUAUCCCAGAAGGACAACUGAGUUCAACCAGAAAACAAAUGGGGAAAUUGGAACGGGAACUUAAGAGCUAUAAAUCUGAACCUGAAAGAAGUCAGAAAGCUGUUGAUGUCUCUGGGAGUGCCUGUGACACAGCACAAAAACUGUUUACAACUCGAGUAACACCAGGUCAGUAUUAUAGCAGUUCCAAAUAUGAAGAUCAAAAAGGAAAACAUAAUAAAGAAGUUGAAGAACAGCAAAGAUUAGAGGCAGAGGUGAAAACUUAUUAGAGGCAAAAAUAAAAAGCCACCCAGGUUUUUCCACAAAACACCACGAUGCACCUGAACAUCUGCCGACGCCAGGCCUCCUGGUCUGCAUUCCCAUGGCAACAAGAACAGACCCCAAGUCCUCCUUCUUCUGAUGCUCUACAGACUCCCAUUAGGAGAGGUUACUCUGCAUGUCACUUCUCCCAGAAUCUGAAAGUGACUCUGAGCAGUAGAUCAACUUUGCAAGUCGGGCAAAGAGGUGCUUAUAGCAGCUUCUGUGAUCAUUCUAGCAGUUCUCAACUUUUGGAUCACCAAAAUGCCCAGAGUCAAGAGUUAAGGAGCCAGGCUGGUGAGUUGGAACUAUGGCUGCCAGGACACAAGAAAGAAAUGAAAGCUCAAGCGAAGCAGUGGCCAGAACUCCAGCUCCAACAGGACAAAGCAAAAAUGGAAUUAACUGAAAAUGAGACAGUUUCGAAUACAAGUAGCACCGAACUGACAGCACAGUAUGACCAGGCAUCAGCCAAGUAUACUGCGUUGGAAGAAAAACUGAACAAAUUGACUGAGGAUUUGAGCUUUUAUCGACAGCAUGCCGAAAGUUCCAGAUGUUCUCUGGAACAGAAACUCAGGUUAAAAGGAAAACAGUUUCAAGAGGAGCUCUCCAGUCAACAGCGUGCCUUCCAAAUCUUGUACAGAGAGAGCUCGCAGGUGAAAGGCAGACUCACGCAGGAGCUGCAGCAGGCCAAGAACACUCGCAACAUCCUGCAGGCAGAGCUGGAUAAAGCCACAUCCGGAAAGCACCAACUUGAAAGAGAAUUGGAAGAGUUGAAGCAACAUUUGGGCAAAACCCAAGAGGCCUUACGGACGAGUCAAACCAUGGAAAAUGAGCUGAGGAGAAGCAGUGAGGAAAUGAAGAAGGAAAACAGUUUCCUCAAGAGUCAGUCUGAGCAAAGUGCCAGAGAAGUCUGCCAUCUGCAGGAAGAACUGAAGAAGACCAAGCAGUGUUUGAGUCAGAGCCAGAAUUCUACAGAGGAAAUGAGGGCUAAGAAUGCAUCUCAAGAAACCAUGUUAAGAGAUCUCCAAGAAAAAAUUAAUCAGCAAGAGAAUUCCUUGACUUCAGAGAAACUGAAGCUUGCAUUGGCUGAUCUGGAAAAGCAGCAUGAUGGUUCUCAAGCCCUUUUCAAACAAAAAGAACAUCACAUUGAAAAAGUGAGUGAAAAGUUAAGCAAAACUGAGAAAGAGUCUGAAGCUCUAUUGGAUGCUUUGGAGAUCAUAAAAAAAAAGAAAAGGAGGAGGAGUUUGAAGAAUGGAAAGAAGAGAAAACUCUCUUCUCACUGGAAAAGUGAAAAUGAACUCAUAGAGCAGAUGGAAUUAGAGAAGGAAAUCUUCCUGAGUAUCAAUCAAUUGGAAAUGUGUCUUGAGACACAACAAAUAAGAAGCAAUGAAUACGACAAGAGAGUCAGCACGCAGGAGAUGGAAGGAGGAAGCCUAAUUGUGGAGCUGAAGAACCUUCACAGUGUCUCCCAUUACAAGACAGUAGAGAGAGAGACCCAGAAAGAAGCUCAGGGAGAAUUCCAGCAGAAAGUCGAGUUGUCAGAUCAGAAACAUAAGAGGGAAACAGAAAGCAUGUGCUUCAAAGUGUCUGAGCUCACUGAGCAAGUCAGGGUAAAGCACAAAGUUCAACUAAUGUCAGGUGAUAACAAAGACCAGUGUCACCAUGACUUGCGCUCUGAAUAGGAGAGUCUCAGGGAGCAGCUAAUACUUAGCAAUUCCUUGGUGACAAAGGAAACUCAUUGCAGCAGUCUUCUUGCUUUUGAGCAACAGUGUAAAGUGAAUAAUUCCUUGGUUCUCCAGGGCAGAAGGGACAGCUGUGACACAAAUAGAUCAGAAGAAAGUGCUUUACAAACCAAAGACAAAACAUCCAAGCACAAUCUUCAUCUGAUCUGUGAUAGAGAUGUCCAGCAGGACCUGAGCCAUAAGAUGGAGAAAGUGACCAAGACUGCAGCUGUUUUGCUGGUAGGAGAAGGACUCCAUGAGCAGUCUUUCAAAGAGAAAGCCCACCCCCAGGAGCAGCUGCAGAGUUUGAUAAAGGACUUAGAGGCCCUGUCUUUGGGAAGAAAUCAGCAUGAACACCAAAUGGAACCAAUGAAUCACAAGAAAGAAUCCUUUGUAAGGGAAUCUGAAAGCCUGCAGAACAAGGUACACAAACUGGAUCAAGAAGAUCUGACUGUCACAAAAACCUUGCAGGCUGCAGGAAUGCAAAAAGGUGAGGUCGCCAUGAGGCUGAGCUCAACCCAAGACAAGGGGCAUCUGAUGAAUAAUGACAUGGAAACCGUGAGGGUCAGCAUGGAGGCUGACGAGAAGAAACCCUUGGAGGAAAUGAAAGGAACUGACAGUAAGAAGGAGGAGAAUCUUGCAAGCCAGUUGCAGAUGGUGAGGAGAAACCACGAGGCAACAAUUCUUCCCGCUGGGUAUCCCAAAGCAGGGGUGGAAACCCUAAAAUCACAAAUGGAAUUGAUGAUGGAACACCUGAAAGCUUCAGAAUUGGACCUGCUCAUGAUCAGGUCUGAAAAUGAAAAUCUAACCCAGCAGCUGCAAGAAAAACAGGAUAAAAUGAUAGAGUUGGACACGUUGCACUCUUCACUGGUACACCUGUUGGAAGCAAAGGAGGAAGAAACUCGGCACAUGCAAGAAGAGUCCAAAACUUCAGGGGAAAUCCUGGAAAGAGAAUUGAAAGAGCUGUUGAAGGAGGUGGCAGCUCUGUGUGAUGACGCACAAGCCAGGAAGUUCCCAGAACAGAGCUCCCCAGUGCAGAGAGUGCAGCAGGUGAGCAAGUGCCUCAAAAUGCUGAAAGACCAACUAGAAGACGAUGACAAGAAGCAAUUCUUCGUCAUAGCAAAACUUCAGGAAAAUAAGCAUCAAGCAGAGUUGUUUAAGGGGGAAGUUGAUCAACUUGAAAAAGAACUCAAAAAGGCCAAGAAAACCCAUGAGCGUGCCACUCGGGAGGCACAGAGUUCCAAAGCAGAGGUAGAGAAGUUAAAAGGCAAGAUAGAAGAGAUGGCCCCAAGUCUGAAAGAUCUCGGGUCAGAAAAAGAAAAACUGACCAAAGAAUUACAAAAAGCGCAAGAGCGCAUUUGUGAAUUAGAGCAGUUAAAAGCUUCCUUUGACAAUGUAUCACGAGCAAAAGAGCAGGAAAUCGUUCACGUGAAACAAGAAUGUAAACUUGUCCAGGAGAGGCUUCAGGCACAACUGAAAGACAUGAAGGACAAAAGGUCCUCCUUGGGUGAUGACCAGGGGACCUGGAAGGCCAGAGAGCAAGGUCUCAGUGCUCAUAUAACUUCUCUGCAGCUUGAGAAGUGUCAGCUGCUGCAAGGCCUUGACCAGGCCAGAAGUCAUUGUGUUACUUUGCAAUCUUCUGUGCAUGGCCUCAUUCAACAAGUACAAGAGGGCAACGACGAAGUGAAGAAGAGGGAGCAAGAGAUCAGUCUCUUAAAACAUCAAAUUCAAGGCCUAGAACUGCAGGUCUCUAAGUCGUGCCAGCAAGGAGGACAGCCCCAAGUUAUAAAGAAGCCAAAAGCAGAACUGGAGAAUGUGAUCGUGGAAUUGGAGCAGAAGAUCCGAAGGCUGCAGUCCAAAAAUGACACUUUGCAGGACAACUACAAAGUGCUGCAGAAUUCCUACAGGGACACGCAGAAAGAGCUGGAAUCGAUCAAAAUGGAAAAGCUAUCCUAUGUCGGGAGAGUAAACUCCUUGACUUCGAGGGAAACAGAGCUACAGAAGAAAGUGUGUGAGAUAACACAGAAAAUGACAGACUUGAAAGAAGAAUUCAAUGGGGAGAAGAACAGGCUAACUGAAGAAUUAAAUUUAAUGUCGGAAGAAAUGAAGCACAAGGAAGGUCAACUGAAGGAGUUCAUGCUAGAAAAUAGGGACUUGAAAAGGAGUUUGGACGGCAUGCACCAACACCAGAUGCAAAAGCAAGAGAAAAUGAGAGAAGAAAUAGCUGAAUAUCAGAGACAGCUUGAGGAAGCUGAAAAGAGGCAUCAAACUUUGCUUCUGGAUACAAACAAACAGCAUGAAAUGGAAAUCCAGACAUUUAGAGAGAAACUGACUUCUACAGAAGAAUGUCUCAGCUUGCAGAAGGUGGAGAUAGAGCUCUUGAAGUCCAGUAAAGAACAGCUCAGUAAUUCUUUGGAAGAAAACACUGAGCUUUUAGGAGAAUUGAUAAAAACCAAGAUGAACAAUCAAAUAGAAAUAAAGCAGCUGAAGAAGGAAAAGGAACAUGCCCAGGGAAAGGUGGAUUUUUGUCUCAGAAACUAUAAACUGAUGGAAGAGGAAAUGAAGCGGUUGCAGAAAGAGCUGUGUCACCUUGAAGAAGCUGCACAAGAGAAGCAGAAACCAGGUGCUCUUGUGGAUGCUCAUGUAGAUGAUCUGAUGUCCGAGGUGAAACAACUGAAGGCCACCCUUGAAGGAAAAAGCAAGGAGGCAAAAGAGUACUUAGACAAGUACUGCUCCCUCUUCACAAGCCAUGAGAAGUUGAAGAGAGACAAAGAGAUGUUAGAAGCCCAAGUCGCUCGUCUGAGUUCACAGCAAUCUCCAAUGAAUGUCGAGAUUUCCCCUUUUCUCAAGUCACUUGACCCAGAGUCACUUCCAGUCCCUUGUGUUACUGAAAAGAAGGGAUCAUCCAGCCAAAGUAAAGCUUCAGGCAAGAGGCAAAUGUCCAGUGGAAUUCAGGAGAACAAGGGAGGAACAGCACCUUCCACACCACAGACGUUUCCUAAAAGAAGCCGGAAGAUGGCCAAAAGGAGCAUGCCCCUGGCAGAGGAUGCAGAAGACACUAAGCUUGAGCCCCUGGGACUUCCAGAAGUUGGACAGAAAGGGUCUGCUGACAUCCGAAUGGGAAAGACAAGCCCCUACAACCUGCGAAGUACAACCAUGGCAAGCAGGACCAGCCCACACCUUGCAGCCCCGAAGUUAACACGCUCCCUCCUAAAUAUCUCCAAAGAAAGCCAUGCUCGGACCUCCCAACCAAGAGCUGCUGGCAGCAGAUCACUAAAGGUUAAGGUCACUCAGCAAAGCCCCUCGGAUUCAGCAACCAUCCUCCAAGACCCCUCAGCAAGACCUCUCUCAGCCAGUAAACCCCAUAAGAGACAGUGGGCUGGCAGCCCCAGUGAGGGCUUGAAGUCCAAGCGAGGCUGCCCCACGCCCAGCUUGGAAGCUGGCACCGAGUCCCGUGAGAGCUGUAGCAUCCAGUAG